AAUAAAGUUAACCUGCCACAACGUGGUUAUUCUCUUUCCUUCAACUCAUUGAAAAGUGUGGUUCGAAGUUUUUUCUUAUUAAAGAUUUGCUGUAUUUUCAGCACUUUGCGAUUUAAAAAUCAGUAAAAUGGUUGCCCAAAAGAAACAGAAGAAGGCUAUUGAAAGUAUCAACAGCCGUUUGGCUUUGGUAAUGAAGUCUGGCAAAUAUUGUCUGGGAUACAAGCAGACUUUAAAAACAUUGAGACAAGGUAAAUCAAAACUGAUUAUAAUUUCCAACAACACUCCUCCCCUAAGGAAAUCCGAAAUUGAAUACUACGCUAUGUUGGCUAAAACUGGAGUCCACCAUUAUUCUGGAAAUAAUGUAGAGCUAGGCACAGCAUGCGGAAAAUACUUCAGGGUGUGCGCUAUGUCCAUUACAGAUCCCGGAGACAGUGAUAUCAUUAGAUCCAUGCCUGCAUCUGAAGGUGGUGAAAAAUAAAUCAAGUAGCUUAUCUUUUAUAAUUUAAAUUUUUUUUCAAUAAAAUAUUGAACCAUU